AGCAACCUUUAAUAGACAAGGAAAAAGAUCUGCGAUGGCCAACCGCAACUCUUUGAUUAGGGGCGUGAACCUGAGAAGUCAUGAAAACAACUUGGCUCACCGCACCAGGGAGAUUGAUCGGGAGCGCUUGAUUGUCCGCAGGGGUCAGCCCUUCUCCAUAACUUUGCAGUGCUCUGACUCUCUGUCCCCAAAACACCACCUGGAACUGGCCCUGCACCUUGGGAAGAGAGACGAGGUGGUGAUCAAGGUUCAGAAGGAGCUUGGGGCCGGAGACAAGUGGUGGUUUAACCAGCAGGGAGCGCAGGAUGAAAUACUGCUGACUCUGCACAGUCCAGCCGAUGCCAUCAUUGGCCGCUACAACCUGGCUGUGUUGGUGACGUCACCGGAUGGACACAUUUUAGAGAAGACUGACAAAAUUGGAUUCCACCUGCUCUUCAACCCAUGGUGCAAAGAUGAUGCUGUGUACCUCCCUGAUGAAAGGCUGCUCCAGGAGUAUGUUAUGAAUGAGGAUGGAGUAAUUUACAUGGGGGCCUGGGAUAGCAUCAAUAACCUUCCCUGGAACUAUGGACAGUUUGAGGACUAUGUGAUGGACAUCUGUUUUGAAGUUCUGGACAACUCCAACAACGCCCUGAAGAAUUCAAAGAUGGACAUCGAAAACAGAUCUGACCCUGUCUACGUCGGAAGGAUAAUCACUGCAAUGGUGAACUCUAACGGUGACAGGGGUGUGUUGGCCGGUCGCUGGGAGGAGCCGUACUCUGGUGGAGUCGCACCGUACCGAUGGACCGGUAGCGUGCCCAUCCUCCAACAGUGGAGCAAGGCCGGGGCCAGGGCGGUCAAAUAUGGCCAGUGCUGGGUGUUUGCUGGCGUCGCCUGCACAGUGCUGCGCUGUCUGGGAAUCCCAACACGCCUCAUCACUAACUUCUCCUCAGCCCAUGAUUCCGAUGGAAACCUCUCUAUAGACUUUGUGAUGAAUGAAAAGCUGGAGACCUCUGGCAGGGACAGUAGCUGGAACUUCCACUGUUGGGUUGAGUCCUGGAUGAGAAGAGAUGAUCUCCCCAAAGGGAAUGAUGGCUGGCAGGUUUUGGACCCCACCCCUCAAGAACUGAGUGAUGGAGAGUUUUGCUGUGGCCCAUGUCCUGUGACGGCCAUCAAAGAGGGAAAUCUGGGAGUGAAGUACGACUCUCCGUUCGUCUUCACCGAAGUGAACGCUGACAUCAUCUACUGGAUGGUCCGACCAGAUGGCCAGCGGCAGAAGGUCAGAGUGGACCAGAGUGGUGUGGGGAGAAACAUCAGCACCAAAAGUGUUUACAGUGACCAAAGAGAAGAUGUCACUCUACACUACAAAUACCCUGAAGGCUCCGCAAAGGAGAGAGAGGUGUACGAGAAGGCAGGACGACGGGUCACAGAGCCGACCGGAGAAAAUGCAGAACCAGGACAACUGCAGCUGUCAAUCAAGCACGCUAAGCCUGUGUUUGGGACAGACUUUGAUGUGAUUGUUGAGGUGAAGAAUGAAGGAAGCACAGAUGCCAGUGCUCAGCUGACCAUUCUGGCCAUGGCUGUAACUUACAAUUCGUUCCAUCGGGGGGAGUGCCGGAGGCAGACAACCAGUGUGACUGUGCCAGCUCACAAAAUCCACAAGGAAGUGGUGCGUCUGCGCUACGAUGACUAUGUCAGGUGUGUGUCUGAGCACCAUCUGAUCAGGGUGAAAGCAUUCUUAGAUGCUCCAGGAGAGAACGGACCCAUCAUGACCAUGUCCAACAUCCAACUGAGCAUGCCCGAACUCCUCGUAGAGGUGCCUGGUAAGGCUGUCCUACAGGAACAAGUGACAGCCUAUAUUUCCUUCACCAAUCCUCUACCUGUCCCACUGAAGGGUGGUGUGUUCACUGUGGAGGGAGCUGGUCUACUGUCCGCCUCUGAGAUCCAUAUUAAUGGUGAUAUUUCUCCCGGCCAGAAAGUGUCUGUCAAGCUCUCCUUCUCGCCUGUGAGGGUCGGUGUGAGGAAGCUCCUGGUGGACUUUGACUCUGACAGGCUGAAGGAUGUGAAGGGAGUCGCCACUGUGGUUGUCCGCAAGAGAUACAUGAUCCCUGGAUUUUUUUAAAAAAACCUCUGGGCUGAACGAAACCGACACGUCUUAUAUUGUGAGUUGAUGUGCGAGGGGUAACUGCCCUGUUUGAGUGUAAAAGAAUAGGACCUGACGAAAACAAAAUAUGCAAGGUGACUGCCAAAAAGAAGUAUUAGUGAAGUGUAUAUGCAGGUUAGUUUUUUCUGUGAUAGUUGUGCCUUCCAGAAUGAUCAUGUCAACACCCACAAAGAAAUAGAGAUACAGUAUCAGUUUAAAGCCACUAUGUGUCAGAUUUGAACAGUUAUGACUUUGCAUUAUACCUGGCACUGGAUGUCUUUAUGGAAAUACUCAGAAACACAGCAGCAGACAGUCUCUACAUGACAAACAUGUAAACACAGGACAGAUUUUUUUUUUGCUUUUUGUUUGAUUCUCCUUAGUGCCAUUUCAUUUCUUGAAUUUCUUACUUGACUGAAUUACUAAAAAAGCAUGUUUCCUUCUGUCUUUGUUCCUUCCCCCUGGUUCAAGUCACCACUGAUUUUUAUUCCCUGGCUGUUAAAUGAAAUGAAAACCAUCUUGGGCCUCAGGAAUGAGAUGCAGGGUUAAAAAAACAAAAAAAACAUUCUUCUACAUUUGUUGUUUACUUUGUUAUUGUUGAAAACUAUCUGAUCAAAAAAAUCUGUAUGU